GUAGAUGUUAGACCUUGGAUUUGGAAUCCUAAUUGUUUUAACACCCAUAUAUAUACCCACUAGAAAUAGGGUUUAGUAUAUAUUUUUUUCCCUAAUCAUAUCAGGAUUUGUAAUCCUAAAUAUUACUCAAAAAAAAACUAUAUAUAUGCAUGGAUUCCCUUCGCUUAAUUAGCUCUUUGAAGACUAACCCCUGCUAUUGUAUUGAAUCGGCCAUAGCUCGCUUCGAUUCCUUUAGACCAGCUACUAUUUUUUGCUCUCUCUGAUGGCAAGGCCACCUUAUUAUAAGAAGAGAAAAACAAGCCAACCUGAGUGGGCUAAUCUGAAUGGCGAUCUCCUCCAAAACAUCUUCAACAAACUGUCUUUUGUGGAUGUAUGUCGCACCAAACCAGUUUGUUCAAGGUGGAACAAGAAUGCACAAGAGAUAUUCAAAACUCGCGGCGAAGUGCCAUGGCUUCUCUUCCCUCCCCAAGAAGACGAUUACUAUCUUGGUAAAGGAGACAAAACAGCGCGGUUGUUGAAUCUCCAAGAGAAAAGAUUUUACAAUUCAUUCAACAAUGAAGCUACUGAAAAGAUUAUGAGCUGCUGCAAUUGUUGUUGUGUUGGGUCUUCUCAUGGUUGGUUAAUAUUUUUGGAUGAAUACGCAGUUCCAUUCCUCUUGAAUCCAUUUUCUUCCAAACGAAUCCAACUUCCUCACUUGGAUUGUUGUUUAUCAUUGGCCACAUUGACUACUUUCUGCAACCCUAACAAUGUUACCUCUGUAUGGCGAGAGAGAUUUGUUAACAAGGCAAUAUUGUCAUCAUAUCCAUCGAAUCUAAACGAUUGUUAUGUGGCGUUAAUCUAUGGUAGAGAAUCAAGAUUGGCUUUCUGUAGAAUCAAUGGUGAUAGAUCUUGGACUGAGCUUGAUGGAAAGCAUGAACCCUAUGAAGAUAUCAUCAUACGUAACAAAACACAGCUUUGUGCAUUGGCUCAUGAUGGGUCUCUUGAGGUAUGGGAUAUGGUUCAAGGUUGUAUUAGUACUCCUGCAAAGAAGAUGGACAUCAGCUCUGUUGAGAUCAGGAGGAGAGAAGACUCUCGAUGGCGCUCCGUAAAGUAUCUUCAGACGCUCAGAUACUAUCUGGUGGAAUCAAGUGGGGAUUUGUUGUUGGUGAUUAGGUAUGUUGGGGAGAUUGUUAAUACAGAAGGAGAAGCAGUGUCCGAGUCGUACCUUCUCGGCGGAGAAAGUAAUCACCCUUUGGUAUUUCCUUACAAAACUUUACACUUUGAAGUCUUCAGAUUAGACAAUGACCACAAAAUGUGGGUGCAAGUGGAUUCGUUGGGUGAUAAUGUGCUAUUCUUGGGUGGAAGUGAGUCUAUCUCCAUUCCUGUAGAGGACUGUUUGGAGGACAUGACAUGGGCGUCUUUAGUCUGCAAGAUGGGAGCGUAGAUUGUUUCCAUGGAUGUCAUGGGAUGGAAAAGAUCAAAACACCUCCAAUCUGGGUUGUUCCUCAUCCUUGGUAGUUUGUACUGUGUAGAGACUACUUAUAAGCAGAGCAUAAUUGCAAUGUUCUAUGUAUGAUAUAUAUGCUUCAACAAACGCAUAGAGCGGCACUAAAAUAGAUUUGAGCAACAACGCAUAGAACCAUGUAAGUGGGAUUCAUUGCAAUAGCAUAUUUUUGUUGGCAUUUUCAUGUACUACAGGUAUUGAGGACCCUUACAGGGACGAAAGGCAAAAAAAAA